ACUGACAGCGGUUCCACAAUGCCACCGGAGUCUUCGAAAAAGAGAACAUAUGAGGAUACACAGACACGCCAGAAGGACAACUUUGACCGGCUCGUUCCCCCACUUCCUGGCCCUUGGGCAAAAGCUAUGGAGCGAUUCUUCUCCGGAGACUGGAUCAAACCUGCGAAACAUCAGCAGUUCCUGGAGUUGCAGCGAAUACAGCAGGAGCUCAAGCCGAACGAAAACAUAACAGGCGAAACCAUCAAGGACUACUUUGCGGUCAUAAGCGCAAUCAAAGCCUCCUGCCGUCAUAGGUGUACGCAACCUGUCAUAUGCAUGGAUCCAUCGGCAGCUACACAGCUCCUCGAUCGCCUUCCUGGGGAUCCAUGGCCGUGUUUUCCCAAUCUAAGUGAAAUUGAGAAGACCGGCUUUCACUAUAUCCUCUGGCCUAUCGAGCACAACCAACAUUGGAGCCUGGUGGAGAUUCGUCGCUCUGGUGAAUUUGAUUGUGCAAUCGUUCGUGCACACGACUCCCUGUCAAUAGUUACCGGUCCCCGUACUUCAAAAGCACUCGAAACGAUCGUGCAAUACCUCCAGAACUUCAACUAUCCCGGAGGGUUAAAAUGGGAGAAUUUUGACGUGCGGCCCUCAUGGGUUUUCGGGUCCUUAUUAUGGGGUCAAGCGCAAGCCUCGAACGACGGAGGGGUUUGGAGCAUGCUUCUGAGCCGCCAGGCUGUUCUAGAUUAUUGGUCACUUAUCAGCGUGGACUUGCCACAUGACGAGGAGGAGCGACUUGAACUGACCAAGAAGAUUGGUCAACGGGCUAGAGUGAGACUUGCCGCUGAAAUCAUUGCAAAGACGACGAAUCUGGAUGAUGCGGUGGUCCCAUCUUGGCUGAGGAAAAAUACCAGCGUGGAGUGA